AUGUAUGGGAGCCAGGUUUCGUAUCCAGAAAUGAGAUUGUCUGUUGUUGAUAUAAGUAGCUUGUCCGCAGCUUUAAAUCUAACUAUGUUGUCUGAUGGAAUGAACACAGUUGUUAGUGCUUCUCCAAAAAGCUCGAACUUUGAUGAUUUUCAAAGAAUAAUUCUGAGUAUGCUAUUUCCUGUCCAAGUGCAAUUGAAUAUUAUAUAUAGCGUAACUGCUCCGCCUGGGGUUGACGCUUGCGCCGCCAUAUGUGCUAAGCUUUUGUUAUCACGGAAUAUUACUAAAAACGCGUUGUAUCAGACCGAACUUGUGCUCUCAGAAUGGUUAUUAAGGAACGGCUACCUACGAGAGAAUAGAGAGACCCCCUUGCGAUUGACGUAUUCACCUCGGGGCCAGAAUGCGGUUGUACGCGAUAGGGUGUGGGCCGAAGUGGCUUCCAUUGAUAAUGAAAGUACUGGAUGGUUAAACAUGCAAUGUAACGAUUUCCGCGUUAUUAAUGAUCCCCUAUACACCGGAGUUAAUAGAGUACCGCAGUAUGGUGAUGUAACAGCGUAUUUCGAUAGCAGGAAUUAUGGAGAUUCAAUGACUAUUCCCGUUCCACCUAUGUGGCAAGCCGAAAUGCGUGGACUGAAUGAGAUAUCCUCUUUGUCAGCUGCUCAAAUGACUAGCUUUAUUAAACAUUUAAGAAUUAAGUAUUUGGAAUAUCUGGCUAAGUUGAAUAGAUAUAUAUCAAUUUAUGCCGAGUGUGGGUUUAGACUGACUGAUGACACGUUAAAUAUGCUAGCUGUAAACGAUCCAAUUGGGCAAUUAGGACCAAAUGCCAAUGAUCCGGAACUGAUUAGUGUGAGAAGUGGUUCACUUUUUAAGUUUUUCAAACAGCUUCCCAAUGAAUUCAACCCCCCUCAGCCUAUAGUCGAAAGCGUCAUAUAA